CUUGUCCGUCCGUCUGUAGUUGUAAACAGACCAGAGUUAUUGGGGCUGUAGAGUACCGGCACCGGCUUUGACUGUGUCCAUAGAAACAUUUUUAAUCCAAAGAAAUAUGACUCUAGUCCCUUCUACACUCUUCCGUUUCAUUAAACAAAUGAACUGUUUGACAAGAUCUAAUGCAUCUAUUAAAAUGACAAACAUCGCAACAAAAUAUAUUGGAAACAAUGGAUGGAGGAAUUCAGAUUUUAAUCGUAGAUUCAUAUUUUCACACGCUACAGAAGACUACAUUAAAUUGAUGGGCAAGGACUUGCAUGUGAAUCCAGGAUUUGGAGUUCUCCACGCAAAUGGAACUGUGGAUUUACUUAUAAAACCCACAAACCCACAGGAAUAUCCUGAUGCAGAUCGAGCAUUUAUUAACAUUUAUGGACUACCCACUGUCUCCUGUGAAGGUAUUAAUGUUGAACUAAUAGGAGAAUUGAAAGAUGUUCUCGUGAUAACUGCAACCCCAGAGUCAUCUAAGAUAUUCUGUGAAGUACAAAUACCAAUCAAGUAUGAUCUUGAUGUAAAGUUGCUUGAUGAUGCCUCUGUACAGAUAUUGGGGAUGGAGGCUGAUGAAGUAAAUGUGUCAACUGUAAACGGCGAAAUAAAUACCCAUGGGCUCAAAAGUCAUAAUAUUCAUGUUAACACUGAACAUGGUCACAUAACAUCUGAAGGUACUAUGCAAGGAAACAUCUUCAUUAAUGCUAAAACAACAAAAUUAAAAGCAAAAAGACUUCAAGGACUUAUUUUAGAUAUUGAAGCUGAGGAGCUAAGUACUGCAGUUGAGUCGUCCUACAUGAACCAGGGUCAAAUAUCAGCCCAUCGAGGAGAUAUUAUUAUCAAUAAUCUUCAUGGUUGUACAGAUUUAUUGAUCAAACAAGGUCAAGUUGUUAUCACUGGAUUUCAUGGCCAGAUUUCAGGCUUUGUUGGAUCAGGCAAAGUUGAUGUACAUGUUACUGAUGUCACAGGAAACUCAACACUUCACUUAAAUGAGGGAAGCUUGGUGCUUUCAGUUCUUGAGAACCCCAGGCAUGACCUUGAGGUGACAGCCACAUCUCUAGAUAUUAGCAAAGAGAUUAAAUCAGCAGGAACUACAGCAUCUGGAAGCAGUCAGACUUUUAACUUAGUAAAAAAUGACAAUGCAGAGGCAAGUAUACUGAAAGCCACAGUAUUAAACGGAUCAGCUCAAGUAAAAUACCAGGAUUGGUUUUCUACUUUAGGGAUAAAGAUGUAGGCACAAUGUAAACUCACAUAGUACAUGUAAUUAAAGGAUAAUUAGGAUCACCCUUGAAACAAUUUCCUUUUACCAAUUACUCUAAGGAAGUUUAUGUUGUGUUGGAAAGUCAUUAUAGUGAAUAUAAUUGUGAUUUCAAUUGAAUGAACUUCUUUAAUUCUU